UAUGGGAUGUCUAACCAGCAGCCUAGCCAGCAGCCUUAUGGGAUGUCGAACCAGCAGCCCAACCAGCAGCCUUACGGGAUGUCUAACAAGCAGCCUAAUCAGCAGCAGCCUUUAUCCAAGGACCAAGAGCAACCAGAAGAGCCAGGCAUCUUCACUGUGGAGCCAGCAGGGCAGAAUCAAAAAUCAGGCCCUGUUAACGACUACUUUGGCUACUCCAUCUUCACCAUGGUUUGCUGCUGCCUGCCAAUGGGAAUCGUUGCCCUUAUUAACGCAAUUGAUACUCGUAAAGCCAAUGCCAGCGGUGACGGGGAGAAAGCAAAAAAGAGCAGCAGGCGGGCCCGGAUAAUGAGCCACGGGGCUCUUGGAACUGGGAUUGGAAUUUAUGUCUUAAUCGCUAUAAUUGUUCUUAUUGUACAAUUUGUGUAGAAAAGAAAUCCCUGAAAAGAGAGUUCAUCUCACUCUUUUUUCUCUCUUUUGUCAGUCUGAAUCAAGUGCUGAGAGAAUCGGAAGACAUGUAGCUGUGUCAUCAAAAUCUGUCUGCUGCUAAAAGCUAUCCACCUCACUAACUUAUUAAUUUAAUACGUUUGUCUCAACAUGUUUUGAAUUUUUGUCUCCACAGUCAAUCACAAUCGUUCCUCUAUUUUUAUUCUCAUCAGAAGUGUGCAGUUUUUUUUUUUUUA